UGCCUCACACACUAAAUUUCUAACUAAAAUACAAAAGGGUUCUCUUUUCUUUUUCCUUUGGUGAAAAUUUGAUUUGGGUUUUUUCUUUUUGAGAUUUAGGACUUGUUUUGAGUUAAAGUUUGGAUUUUUAUUGGUUUCUAAUAAAGGGGUUUUGUUUUGUUUUGUUUGCUGAAUCUGUGUUGUUAUUGAGGGUUUGUGUGUUGCAGUUGAAUUUAGCAAGAUUCUGUUUUUUUGUUAUUUUGAGUGUGUUGUUUUGUUUGUGUAUUUAUGAUCUAAUUCCUUCUGGGUUUUCUUUCUCUUCAAGGAGUUUGAAUGGUUUUGAUAUAGAAUGGAUGCUCAGAAUCUGUGAAUUGGUGUAGAGUGUACAAUUUGUUGGAAAAAUGAAUUAAGGGUGAUUUAGUUGAAGAUUAUUUUGGAUACGAAUAGGGAAAAAGUGAUGGCUGCAGAGUCAAAUACUGGUUUUCACUAUGGUGAUAUGAAUUCUACUUUGAAUUGGCAUGCAAUAUCAUUUCAAUCUGGUGCUGUUAGUAGCUUACCUGAGAUGGUUCCAAUGGGAAAUUACUUUGGGUUGAAUAAUGAUACCUCUGGGAUGAUGUAUUCUGGGAAUUCAAGCGUUACGAAUAGGAAUUUGAAUUCGUCUGUUGUAAGUCAACCAGGGAGUGCUUCUGGCUCUUCUCUUCUUGUUGAUUCUGUCCCUGGAUUGAAGCAUGAUGCGGGUUUUGCUGCUGAGUGGUCCGUUGAUGAACAGUACAAAUUGGAGGAAGGCCUUCUCAAAUAUGCUGAUGAGCCUAGUAUCACGAGGUAUGUCAAAAUUGCUGCUUCAUUGCGUGAUAAAACUGUUCGUGAUGUUGCUUUGAGGUGUAGGUGGAUGACUAGAAAGCGAAGGAAACCAGAAGACCACAUGGUAAAGAAGGUCAACAAUAGAAAGGAUAAACCAGUGGAGUCAUCGCCUAAGCAGUAUUUGCAGCCAGUUCAAACCCCAAAUGUAGCCACAUAUUCAUGUAUAUCACAACAUGUGGACAGAAGUCAACGGAAACCGUAUGAUGAUGGAAUUUGUGGUCCAAUGAAGCGACUCUUGGAGCAAAAUGCUCAAGCUUUUAGUCAAAUCAAUUCCAAUCUAUCUACUUUCAAGUUGCAAGAUAACAUCGACCUCUUCAGUCAGACACGGCACAACAUAAGUACCAUUCUUGAAGACAUGAGAGCAACACCUGGUAUAAUGAGCCAAAUGCCUUCGCUUCCCGUGUCGAUCGACGAGGACUUGGCAAGUAGAUAUUUACCUAAUAAAACUCAGGAAAUUUCUGAGUCCAUCAAGAUUUCCUACUCAAAGUGGACUACCAGUAUAGAGAGGUUGGCAUUUUUUGUGUGGAAGUCAAUUAUUUUGGUGCUGCCAUUGAGGAGUCACAUCAUAACAAAUAUCACACUAUCUCAUGACUUUCCGGAGUUUCUAAUUCAUGUUAAAUCUUACUUUUCUAGUUUGUCUAUUUUGUUUGAAGGAAUAUUUGCACUUUUGUAUAAAUAUUUGCAAAAAGAAAAAAGGAUAGAAAAGGAAAGGAACUAGUGUAACAAUGAUAUGAGGUUAUUCAGUGGUUUUGGAUUAUUGGUUAUUGUAUCAUGGCUUAGGAAGUGAUGUAGUUCUGAUUCUAGUUUGCCAUGGUUACUAGAUGUUUUGUAAUAUGUAAAGGGAAAUCAUUAUUUACAUUGUUUCAUGGUUGUAUAUGAGGAGAUUAGAGUCAUUUGCAGUUUGUGUUCAAGUAUAAUUUAUUUUUUGAACUGUUUGUGGAAACCAAUGCUGUCUUCUCUUCUGUCUUAAGGGCCAUCGAUACCAUUCUGUAUUUGAUUUAUUAUUAAGAAUUUGAGUUUACGGCCUAACUCAAGUUCACAAAAUGACUAAUGACUUGGAAUGUGAGAACUGCCAAUAAUACCAUCAGAAUCGUCCAAUUUUAAUCAAACGGCUACCAAUGCUUUGACUCUGUGAAUGCAGCAUUUUUGCCGACUGUACGGGAUUCAAUUUCAAAUAUUAUAGUGAAUGCAAAACAGAGAGAUUGGUAGCAUUUUUUUUUUUAAUUUUAUCGAGAAUGUAAUGGAGAUGGAACAAAUUUUAAAAUCUUCAAGUUCAACUGGUUAUCUUCUCACCACUCUUAACUUAUUUUGAUUAAUGGACAAAUAUGAAAGCUUAUUUUGUGUUCUGUUGAUUCUCUUAGACA